AUGCAAGUCUGCGUUUUCGCAGCAGGGAAGGCAGCCAUGGAAAGCAAACAUUUCAUCAAGAGCGUGAUCAUGUGUGCACUCAUACUGGGACUUGUCCCGGAACAAAUCCAAGUAGCAGAGGGCAAGAGCUGCUGCAGAGACACCAGAUCAAGAAACUGUUACAACGUGUGCGGUUUUAGGUACCCCAGUAGCUCCUGCUCAAAAAUGUGUGGCUGUGUGCUCACAAGGGACCCCACAUGUCCCAGGGAAUACCCUAACCUCAACCUUCUCCCUAGCUCAGCUGAACCAGAUGCCGUUGAGUACUGCAAACUAGGAUGCAGGCUCUCAGUCUGUGACAACGUCAACUCAGCUGAGCUUCGCAAAGACAUGAAAGUCGGCGUGGAGCGCUGCGGCGAUGCGUGCGGCCGGUUCUGCAACGAUGCCACCAACAUUGCAUCCGUCGAUGCUUGA